UUGUGGCGGCAGACGGUGCGAGGCUGCUGCUGGGUGUGUGGUGUUCUGUGGCGCUGCGUUCUUCAUUCAUCGACCGAGUGACACCAAAGGCCACCCAUGUGUAGCAAGGUCUUGUUACAAAAAUCAAGUGUUUGCGACAACACGUACCCGUACCACAAGGAGUACGGGCUGACGGAAGGCUAUAGUGACUCCGUGGUUCUGUGGCUCUUGUAGUCUGAUUUUAACCAGCCUAGUAACACCAUCACUCCCUGAGGUGGUAUGUACACUAUUCAUAUUACUCGAGCAGUGCAUUGAGGUUGUACACAACCUCUCUCUUUGGCAGCUUUGGACUCUACAAGCCAUUUUAAAGCGAACCAGCGAGACAAAAAAAUCAGUACCUUCGAGAUUAUAAGUGUGACCAAGCACUGCACCUAGCACACGACAAUCCAGAAAGUAUUGCCCAAAGUGCUCAUUACCACUUUCGUUUUCUGUUCUCUGAGCUUCCGUGUUCAUCUUAAUCCGGAAGGAACUGUACUCGUGUUAGCAGAAGGGUCGGCGCCGCUCACCGUGAAGGUCACUCGGGAUAUCUGUCACUCCCACUGCAGACAGAUAUAUAAACACCCCGUUGGGAACUGUUCAUCAUUACCUGCUCCGGGGUGGUGAGGAAACGUGGGUGACGCUCAUCCUCAACUCAAGAACUAAUACGACUUGGUACAGGCUACAAGCCACACACGCCGCGGACCAACGCCACCCAGCGCCGUUCCUCGGUCUUGGUGCUUUUUAGACUUCGUGACAUCUCCCAGGUCUUGAACAUCGCGGCACAUCGUAUCCGUACUAAAGCUGGAAAGACUACACGCGGCAGUUAAACACUGAAACAAAGCGUGGAAAGAGAACACACUGCUGCACUUGCUAAUGCGAAUUGACCAAGAGACGCAGUUGUUUUUCGCGUAGCUGGUAAUUACUGCAACGCACUUCGGUUAUUUCCGCGGUUAGAGAAGCCUUGCAAGUUUUGUUGGCGCGUUGUGGCAAGGCACUGAAACACUGCCCAUUGAACAUUGAACAAGUAAUGGCACCCACCCCAACCAUGGAGCCGUUAUCAGGGGAGGAUGAGUGGCGCAGGAUGGAGCGAGAGCACCCUGUGAUGAGGAUGACCAGGAAUGAUAAGGAGGCCGGCAUGGACUAUGUCAACACUCCGCAUGUGGUGGCCAUGGUGGGGCUGCCGGCGAGGGGCAAAACGUACAUUGCCAUGAAGCUGGCCCGCUACUUGAACUGGGUGGGACUUCCAACUAAAGUGUUCAACGUGGGUGACUACCGCCGCCAAGCCCUUGGGAACUACCAGGGGCAUGACUUCUUCCACCCGAGGAACAGGGACGGCACCAACAUCAGAAACAAGUGUGCUCUGGAUGCCCUGCAGGAUGUGUGUGAGUUCCUGCAGACGGGUGGCAUGGUGGCGGUGUACGAUGCCACCAACACCAGCAUGGAGCGGCGGAAGCUGAUCUAUGACGUUGUGUGUGAGCGCAUGGGGUACAAACUCUUCUUUAUUGAGUCCAUCUGCAACGCCCCCAACAUCAUUGAGACCAACAUCAUGGAGUGUAAGGUGACCAACCCAGACUACACCAACAUGGAGAAGGAGGAUGCUGUGAAGGACUUCUUGAAGCGCAUUGAGCAUUACCGCCUCUUCUAUGAACAGCUGGAUGAGGAGAAGGAGACCAAGUAUAGCUUCAUGAAGAUCUAUGAUGCUGGUCGGCGAGUGGUGGUUCACAAGCAGGAAGGCCACAUUGAGAGCCGCAUUGCUUAUUACCUCAUGAACAUCCACAUCACACCGCGCUCCAUCUACCUGACUAGGCAUGGUGAGUCUGUCUUCAACCAGCUGGGGAGGAUUGGAGGGGACUCGGACCUCUCCUACAGGGGUCGGCAGUAUGCCAACGCCCUCGCCAAGUUUAUUGCAGAGCAGAACAUCACAAACCUGCGUGUGUGGACGUCCUGCAUGAAGAGAACCAUCCAGACUGCCUCAGGCAUCGAUGCGCCACAGGAGAGAUGGAAGGCACUCAAUGAAAUUGAUGCUGGCAUUUGUGAAGGUCUGAUGUAUGAGGAGAUCCAGGAGCAAUACCCUGAGGAGUUUGCUGCCAGGGACCAGAACAAGUACUCCUACAGGUAUCCCCGUGGUGAGUCGUACGAGGACGUGGUGGUGCGGCUGGAGUCUGUCAUCAUGGAGCUGGAGAGGCAGGAGAAUGUGCUGGUGGUGGGCCAUCAGGCAGUGCUGCGCUGCGUGCUGGCAUACUUCCUUGACAAGCCGGGAGUGGAGCUGCCAUACCUGAAGGUGCCGCUCCACACCAUCAUCAAGCUGACCCCUCAGGCCUACGGUUGCAAGGUGGAGUUCUUCAAGAUCCCCAUUGACUGUGUUGACACCCACCGAUCCAAGCCUGUGGACUGUAGUAUUGGGAGAAACCCUCAGGAUGCUCUGGUGACUGUCCCAUCCCACUACUGAGUCAGCGCGUCACCACCACCAGGCACUGGCCGGUCUCCUCAUGGCACCACGUGAGAACUGUUCAAACCACAGCCACACUGGCACUCUGGCACUGCUGGGAUAGUGGCCAGGCAUAUGUGUAAUGCUUUUCUCUUGUGACUAGUUUUGGUUUUAUCACAGUGACUGGUAUGUUAGUGAGUAGGUGUGCUCAGUAGAGAUUAGGAAACAUUUAGACUGCUUACAGUACUCACUACUGUGUAGCUAAAGAAAGACAACACUUUCACCACUUAUAGCAUCUCAAAGGAUGACAAAAAUUGAAUGGUCAUUGUGUGCUGAAUUGUACUUUUAAAUCUUACCAAAUCUUACCAUCAAUUUCUUUGCAGUGUCACUUUCAAGUCAUGUGGUAUUCUAGUUACAGGAUGUGUAUGGCAACUUCUCUUGAUUAAGAUACACUUAAUUUGCAAUCCAGACAACAUCAUGUAGCAGUAGUAGCAGUACUAGUGUUUCUUGUCACUGUGUUAUCAGUUAUGAAUUUGGAACUUUUUUAGAAAACUCAUGAGAAAAUGCAAACUGAGAGUUCAGUAAGUUAGUUUGAAAGUGGAAUGAAAGUAGUAUUAUGUUUUUAAUAAUUUACAAUGUUAGAAAGAUUUACUUAGUUACAUAUUUAGCAGAUUUCCUUCAACUGUCAAGCUUUUAUUGAGAAGUAAGAAUGGAAAUUAAUCAAACUUGGACACAAAUCUAAGUCAGACCUGAAUCCUGAAUCUGGGGCUGGAUCUUCAAGAUGUCUCGUGAUGAGUGUUGAGGCAAGGUACGUGGCCAGACCUUGGGGUGCUGGUGACUUUGUUGACGGGAAAGAAGGGUUAAAAAGUUUCUCCAACAACCUGACAACUGCAUCACAAGCUGUCACUGGGCUUUGGGAGUGGUGUGGCACAAGUCAUGAGGCAACAUGAGCAGGAGCCGUCAGAUCAUUAGGGAAAUUUUCGUGUGAUGAUAUUUUGAAAGUGUAGCUCUAGAUCUUCAUUCAGGGUGAAGAGAAAGGACUAAGUGAUACUGAAUGUGUGUGUGUGUGUGUGUGUGUGUGUGUGUGUGUAGUUUGCAGUACUGCACUUAGUUUGAUGCUAAGAGAAUAUACUCACAACAUUAUGGCAAUAACAAGUGGCAGCAACAGUUUAGAAUGAGACUUGGUGUAUCUUUGGUGGAUGACUGGUGUACUGCUGGCCACACAGGCAGGUGUAGUGUGCAUUUGUCAUUGACAUCAUGUAUCUAAGACCUGCUGUGUGCACUUGAGUAUUAUUAUUAUUAAUAUUAUUAUUAUUAUUAUUAUUAUUAUUAUUAUUAUUAUUAUUAUUAUUAUUAUUAUUAUGGUGAUGAUGGGGACAAGGCCUGGCUGUGCGCUCUCCAGCCAGGUUGAAAGAAUACUGCCACCACAUUCCCUUUGCAUUGUGAAAAGUAACUGAAAGGAAUGCAAUGAAGGGACUGGGAAUCAUCCUGUCCUCUGUGUUUUUAUUCCACCAUUCAGAAGAAACAUGAUACCUUGCCUAGGUUAACCCCCUUGAAGGGGACUCUCAGCCUGGUAGAUAGAUUACUAUUGUUAUCAUCAUCAUUAUUAUUAUUAUUAUUAUUAUUAUUAUUAUUAUUAUUAUUAUUAUUAUUAUUAUGAUUGUGAUUAUGAUGAUGAUGAUGAUAAUGGAGAUUUUAUAUAAGACUGUCAGUUUUUAAUAUUGUGAUGCGCAAGCUUGUGUCAAUUUGUUCUUAUCACCAUAAACAAACAUUAGUAUUGUCAUGAGUGAGGUGCUGGGCUGGUGUGUGUUGGCCCUCCUGGUGACGGGUGUGGGGAUCAAGAGCACACGUGUGAAUCAAUGGCAAAACAGAAAUUGAACUUUGUUCAUUUUUCUAGACUAUCAUAGGUAUAUAUAAGAGAUUAAAGUGCACAAAAAUCAUCUGAUCCAGCAGUCCCUGCGUCGCCUUGCAUCACACACGCUGGGACACAGGCAGUGCUCACCCUUGUGGUGGAGAAACUCCUUGGAAGGUAACUCAAGAGUUUAUUUAUAUUGAAUAUUGAUGCACAGUGAAAGAGGCUAACAUUAAUACUUGCACAACACUGCUUUGCUUGCUGUGAUCAGAUCAAAUCUUUGUGUUGCACAACAAGUGUGUGAACAAAAAGGCACUUCCAUUGCUUUUGAGCACUUAAAAUGCUUAUGGGUAGGGUUGUAGUUGUUGAUACAGUAUAUAUACUAUUUAUAGUUUUAUCUCGAGAAAUCUGGGAACUUUUUUAGUAUUUGUGUCAGUACAACAAUUGUUAAUCCAGUGAGAGAAGAAAAGCAGCGAUCUCAUUUCUUUGUGAUGAUUUGGUUGUAAGCCUCCAAAUUAGCUUUCGUCUUAACAUGAGUAGUAGAGGUUGGUGCAUUAUUUACAGAGAACAUUGUGGAAGUGAACAGCCCUGAGGGCCUCAUGUGUGCAGGCAGUGCUCCUGACAACCUUUGUGUUGUAAUGGACAAUGAUGUAUGCUCAACACUAAAUCUAUUUAUUCGUUUGCCAAUAAUACAACAGUGUUGAUAAGCAAUAGUUUGGUAUGAUAUCACAGGAUUGUGCAGCUUUGUAACUGGUUAAUUUCAGUUCAUAAAUAUAUUUCCUUUCCUUGAUCUCCUUGGUUGACUUCAAAAGAGAACUUGCUUGCUGAUGCCUCAGCAUUGUUACUGAUGUCACUGCUUGGAGUUGCUUUAUCAGAUUUUUUUGAGAAAUCUAUAAUUGGUAGAUUCAAGUAUUCAUGUACUAUGUCUGUAAAAAAUGUUUGAUUUACUGACAAACUUACAGUGAUUAAGAGCAAUGUUGUUUGGGUUUAGUAUUUAUUAAAGUUUGAAAUAUAAUUUAUUGAAAUGCAACUAUACAACAAUGCAAUACACAAUUAUGAUAGAGGUUAUACUUUGGAUGUGAAAAAUGUACCUGAGAAACUUGCAAAUAAUGUCAGGUAUUACAUACAUAUUUAUCCCUAAAUUACAUGUCUUAGGUAAACUUGAGCACUGUAAUGAAAUAGAAAAGUUAAAUAACCCUAAUACUUAUCUUUGUAGAAGUGUUAUGUGAAAGUUUUUAAUGAAUUAAUGACAUGAUGAUGUGAUUGCACCAGUUUGUGGUGCAGUGAACAGUUUGUGGUGCAGUGAUUCUUCCGCUCACACAACACCUGAGUGGUGGCAUCAGUGAGGUCAGCAGGAGUCUGAGGCAUGAAGCUCAGAACCCUGGUGGGAGGUACAAAAGGUUGCAAGUUUGUGAGCUGCUGCCAGGAGUCUAAGCCUGACCCAUGUGAAUGGAGAAAUUUGCUUCCAAAAUCAAAAUAAGUUAGAACAGGCAAGUGGGAAGGCAUGCAGAACACAUGAAGGACACUGGGGAAUAGUUACUUGGUAUCAUUGUAGGGAGGCUGACCAUGAUGUUCGCUGUAAGGGCUGCAGUGGUACAUGCACUAUACAGUGUUAUUAGUGGGCUGAUGGGGGGGUGUAUUAUUGUAUGGUAUAAAUGGAGAAAAGAAAAUAGUAGCAGUCAUAUAAGAGGCAGCAUCAGAGGGACAUUCAUUGAGCAACACAAUUAACUGACAGGCAGUGGCAGCAGUGGCAUCACGGCCACCACAACAAGUGGUGUGGUGAUUGGUGAGGCAUGCCAGGCUGAUGGUGUCAAAUGAAGACCACCUUGUUUGGUCCGUUGUUGCUCUCUAAAACAUGUGUUCACAAGUGUAUUUUUGAUGUAUGGUGUAUUCCUUGUUGCUUGUGUGAAAUAGUUGACAAUAUAAACAUUUUUUGGCUUCUAUAGAUAUAUAUUUUGUUAUCAUGUAUAAAGCAUAACUGAACAUGGGAUGGAGUCACUUCUUAUUGCCAUGUAAAGAAUAGUGCCAAGCCAUGUACUGGGUUGUUGCUGCCUGGUGAACUCUGCAGCAGCUCCAGGUGACGCUGCUCAUGCAACACUGCGGCCACUGUAGUGUUGCUGAUGGAAACUGCCACAUGAAGACCCCUCCAAUGCUGCCUCUGUAAAGUAUUAGAACAUCAGUCUGCCUUCUGACCGUCACAGAGGAGAAGGGAUUAAUUUCAUAAUGGAAUUACAAGUUACUACAUACACUAUAUUUAAUUGUGUAUGUGAGUGGAGUGUGAUACGUCAAAGGGUCUGAAUCACUUUCUAAUAAUGCAUCUCGUGUAUUCUCUUGGAUUUCAAACACUGCAUAAAUAUUUAGAAGUAAUGUUCCUUAGUAUUUAAGAUUUAAUACUUUGUUAUUAAGUGAUGACUUAAACUUCAGAGUUUGAAGAAACCGAUUUUUGAAGUAAGAAAUAUUUUAACUAUGAAAGCAAGGUGAAAAUCAAAUUAUUUUUCUAUAAUUCUUCAAAGUGUUGCUGGGAUGACAUUUCCCUGUAGGAGAGGAAAUGUGAGUGGCUGAUGAAGAAUAAGACUGUAGCAAAUACAAAACUGUGACAGUCAAGAAAGGCAACCAUGUACAAGUGUGUGUGUGUGUGUGUGUGUGUGUGUGUGUGUGUGUGAGAGGUGGUACAGUAAGGUUUGAAGUAGCAUUAUUCUUCCUGUACUUGAUGUUUAGCUCUGUUGGAAUGUCCUGAUGAUGGAUACAAAGCAAUAGUGUACGAUGCUUUUUAUUGCAAUUACUGUGCUGGUUUUUAUAAUUUAUUUUGUUGACGCAAUUUCCAUAAAACUUUGCAUUAUUCA